CUUUCGCUCACGUGACCACUGACCAGCAUCUCAGUCAAUCGAGAAAGUCUCUCAUUACACUCACUCCGCUAAUUCUGCAAGUUUUCGUUGGCCAUUCGCUAGCUGUGUUUGACAGUCAUUAUGGAAGCAUUCCAGCUCCUUUCUCGAGGAGGUGCACGCUUUGACAAACAGAGAUUCAAGGCUGACGUCCAGAUAUUUAAUAAGGCACCAGCAAAAGACGUUAAAGGAAAGGGGGCCCUGAUAUCGCAUGAUGCACAAUUACCUGCAGAGUUGGACUUUUUCAAAUAUGCUAAAGCUUCUGCCGGGAAGCGGAAAGCUGGGGAAAAAGAGAGUGACGUUCAUGCCGAAGACAAGCAAGGAAAGGUGGAACGCAAGCGUCGGAAGAUAGAAGAUGAAUCAAUGCACUCAGACGGUGAUCACAUUGGUGCAGAGGAAGAGGCGCCCACCAUGCAGAAACAUCGCGUGACUGCCAAAGGGUCAGAUGUACCUGAACCAAUUGUGUCCUUCGAGGACCUGCGCGAACGAUAUCAAGUCUCUCCGCGUCUGUUAUCAAACCUUUCUGAAAACAGUUACAAACAUCCUACUGGGAUUCAGGCUCAUGGGAUUCCGAUUUUGCUUGAGCACCGUGACCUUGCUGCUAUCUCGCCCACGGGUACGGGUAAAACCCUAGCAUAUCUGAUGCCCAUUAUGUCUGCCCUGGGUUCCCCGAUAUCUAGUAUGAAGAACGAUGGAGGUCGCGGAGUCCGAGCUGUUAUUCUUGCGCCGACUCGGGAAUUGGCACACCAGAUUCACAAUGAGUGCCUGAAACUCGCUGCUGGGCGUAAAUGGCGCGCGGUCCUGUUUAGCAAAGCUACAGCUAGUACCCUGAGCGACAAGAACGUUAGAGACAAAGUAGACAUCAUCGUCAGCACACCCCUUCGGCUAGUAGCCUCCAUUCAGGAAGGAAAUCUGGAGUUGAAUAACGUGCAAUAUCUUGUAUUGGAUGAAGCCGACAGAAUGCUUGAUUCUGAAUUCUUGUCUCAAGUCCAAGAAGUUAUCGGGGCAUGCACUCAUCCGAACAUACAAAAGGCGGUUUUUUCCGCCACUUUACCUGCUGGUGCUGAGAAACUUGCGAUGGGGAUUCUUAGGAACCCCAUACGUAUCAUUGUUGGUCUCAAAGAUACUCCGCUCCCGUUGAUCGCACAAACUCUUACAUAUGUGGCCGAUGAUGCCUCCAAGCUCCCAAGUCUGCUGACGCAUCUUUCUCAACCAUACAACCCGCCUCUCCUUGUCUUCACAUCCACCCAGCCAAGAACAACGUCGCUUGCAGAGGAGUUGACAAUGAACGGCAUUUCAAAUGUGGACUGUCUUCAUGCUGGGAUGACCAAAAAAGAGCGUGAUGAUGCAGUAAGCAGGAUGCGCCGUGGUGACAGCUGGGUUAUGGUGACCACAGAGGUCAUGGCUCGUGGCAUGGACUUCAAAGGCAUCCGAGAGGUGAUCAAUUACGAUUUCCCAACUAGUAUCCAGAGUUACGUCCAUCGAAUAGGCCGUACGGGUCGCGCCGGGCGGGAGGGAAAAGCUGUGACUUAUUUCACAGAUGAAGAUGCACCUUUCUUAAAAGCUAUUGCCAACGUGCUGUUACAGUCCGGUUCUUCGGUUCCAGAAUGGAUUCUCAAACUUCCGAAACCGUCAAAAAUGAAGCGAAAACAGAUGGGCAAGGUGAAGCGAGCAGAUACCGUGAAUGAUGCCCGCAAAAUAGGUCGCAGUGAUGCGAUUAAGAAGAGGGAGAUGAUCGCGGGUUCGAAGAGGCGGAAAGAGAAAGAGUUCCGUGAAGCCGAUAAAAAAAACGGCGUCGGGGAAGAGGACAGAUCAGAUAAAUGAGUGUGUAGAUUCUUCUUUCGAAAACUCGAGAAAGCACGUCGUUUUUUUACUGUCAAUGUCAGAAGGCCUCAAGUAUUGAUGAACAUGUCAUAACGGCAUUGGCAGCACUGGUAUUCCAAAAUUCUUUGAGCUACAAGAAGCUUGAAAAUGCUAUGUAUUUCCUUGCAAGGAACCAACCCUGGUCAAGAUAACGACUCGUUCACCGAAACGUGGGCGUAAACGAUAAUCGAUGGUGAGCGGCUGACGAUGAGCAAAUCAUUUAAUGUGAUUAUGUGAAAGGUGAAGGGAGG